AGCUGGAUCAGACAAUGGACGGCAUCGGAUCGAGCGCAACGGCUCACAGCGAUAGGGUUCAAACCAGCGACCGAAAAGCACAUGGACCAACUCAGCGAACUCCCGCGACGCCAAGGCGCGAUCCUCACGCACCUACGCUCAAAACACGUCGCCCUCAACGCAUUCCUAAGCAGGAUCAAGGCGGUAGACAGCGCGACGUGCACACACUGCGCAAGAGAAGUGGAUGAAACGAUCAGACAUUACCUAUUUGAAUGCCCUGCAUGGGAAAGGGCCCGUCGUCGACUGGUACAGGCGAUCGGGCGCCAAGCUGAGUCACUUUCUCACUUAUUGAAUGACGAGAAGGCCAUACAUUCGCUGAUGAGAUUCAUCAACACAACAGGACGCUUCAGAAAAACAUACGGAGACCUCUACAGAACAAAAUACACGGCGUAAGCCGCCUAGCCGUCUCGCAACGGCAGCCACCCGUUACACUCCGGAGCUGGACGACAGAAGGACUGGGGACCGAGAUGAGGAGCAGGGGAGCACGGGAGAGGGGAAAGGGUGAUCCAUCCUAGGAGACGGCGUGAUGACCUCAGUUUAUUUUGUCAACCUAUUUUCGCAAGUGCUAACAGCCCCUCGGGCUGGCGGGCACGUGUCAGCUUGAAACCUCGUACGGAUUAACCAGAGAAGGGGAGAUCCCCCACAUACAUACUCUAGAUACAGAUUACACUACAGUAGGACUGUCCGCCUUGGGGCCACACGCCCCCCAGGACAUUAAAAUGAUACACCAACC